UUCUGCCCAGGGAUCUUGAGGUGUGGGAGGAAUGAUCUGGCCUGAUCACUUCCUGUAGGUUACCAAGAGCAAAGUGUAACUACACUGGCUUCAUUCCAUGGCUUGAAGGUUGUCACUUCUACAGUGGAGGGAUCUAGGCACCUUUCCCUCAGCUAUGCCUUAUGCCCUAGCACUGGUUUCUGUGUCCUGAUGGUGAGUUUGAGGUGGGCAGUUCUUGCUGUCAUGCAGGGAUCUGUUCCCAGGUCCCUGUACAAUAGCAAUGCUGACCCUUAAAGAUGUUUGCAGUUCUUUUCUGUGUCCCAGAUCAUCUCAGAUCUUUUCUACCUAAAUAGGGCCCUAGGCUGGAUGGUAAAGAGCUGGUAUGUGGCCCUUCCAGGUGGGGACACAAAAGGCCACUAGAAAUAAAGACUUGAAACUUAACAUUUAUUGAUACAUUUUUGAGAACUUGGACAAUGUUGGCAAGGGUGUUUGGGGCCUGACUUUUUUUUUUCAUGUACAGUGGUGUUGCUGAGAAGCAACAAAUUAGAGACAUCAGGAAAAUAACCUGCAGUGGGAAGAUGUGGUUCCCACCACAAGGCAAAGCAAGUCGGCUUGUUUGACCUGUCCAUAUCAUGGUGUUGACCAUAUGCUGAGGAGCAUAAAUACCAGACCAGGUAGCCCUCUUCUACCAGUUGGAGCAGGACCUGCAGAUGACACUUACAUAGCACAGUGGGGUCACUGUGGUUGGUAGGAUGCUCCCUAGGCAUCUUAGGAUGUUUUAGCUGCGCAGAUGUAGGCAGGGACCUUUUACUUGCAGGAGGACUUUGCUGUGGCUGAUAGUGGCUUGCUAUUUAGUGCAAGCCUGCCUUCUGGUUUUUGCUAUAGUCUGGGUACUACCUGCCCCUGGUGCCCACCACACUUGCUGGGCAGGGACCUCUUUCAUGUGGGUGGACCUAAGGGUCCCCCAGGUUAACAGGUGGUUUCUUUUUUUUCGGUACUGGAAAUUGAACUCGCGAUCUUGUACUUUCCAGGCAGGUACUGUGCCGCUGAGCUAAGUCCCCAGCCCCAACAGGCGGUUUUUAAAGGAGGGGCAUCUGAAAGGAGGAAGGUGUUGGAAAUCACUAAGAUAUUGUUCAGUUCCUGCAAAGUGGAACCUAGAUCAAGGGAGGUUGAUCCUCCCUGAGGGAGGGCUUCCUUCAGGAGCAGUUCCUGUUAAGUUUGAGUGGAUGCUGGGCCCACGAAAGGAAGUUAGGGGUGGAGGCAGUGUGGUAAUCACUGAAACAGGCAGGCUACUUUCCUGUACCCUGAUCUUCUGGCUCUUUAGGAGGAAGUGUUUACCAUAAAAAAUACUGUGCCGGCCUGGAGUGCACCCCUAAUCCCAGCACUUUAGAGAUGCAAAUACAGACCUAACCUGGGACAUCAAGUGAACCUGUCUCAAAAAGAGGGUUGGGAAGAUGCAUCUCACUGCAAAGGAUUUGGUACCGCACAAAAGAAUUGUAUAAACUGCUAGACAUUGACUUGGUCAGGAAUACCCUGGCUACUUACCUAGGCUUUCAAGCCUCUGGGUCAUUCUAGACUUGCCAUGCAGCCUCGCCCAAUUCCUGGACUACCAACGUCCACGGAGCUGGAUAACGAGACGGCGCGGUGAACGGCCUUGCUUCCCAGAGCGGCACCUAAGGCCCGUAGGCGGGCGGAUUCUAUGACGUCACUUCCAGCUUAGUCUUGAUUGGCAGCCAGUGAGGUCGGGUGCGGACCGCUGCUGCUCAGCGGCGCUGAGCACCUGAGUGACAGGCUUCUGUGCACUGCCCUCAGGAAGCCCAGGGCACAGGUGAUGGCGACCUUGUUCACAUCUGCCUCAUUCCAGUGCCACUCCGGGGGCUGCAGCCCAGUCCUGUUAUUCCAGGCCCAGGUGACCUUCGAGGAUGUGGCUGUGCUGCUUUCCCAGGACGAGUGGGGAUGUCUGGCCCCUGCCCAGAGGGGCCUCUACAGGGAUGUGAUGCUGGAGACCUACAGGAACUUGGUCUUUCUCGGAGCGGGAUCUGCAGGUCCCAAGCCUGGGGUGAUCUUGCAGCUGGAGCAAGGGGAUGAGCCGUGGGUCCUGAACACGAAGGAAGCCGAGGGGAGAAGGCAUCUGAGAGUCAGCAGCUCAGCUCAUGGGACCAGGACUGAGCACACAGAGAUGGCUUCAGAGGAGACAUUUGGUAGACGAGAACUGCACCAGCCAAGGGGGACUGUUCACCAGGAAGUGGAGCCAGAAGAAGACCAUGGCUGUGUCAAGGAGCCAAACAGGAGCUUGGACAAGCCAGUGUGGCAGACAGGCCCUAGCCCAAGCACCCUGGCCAAUGAGGAGAGCAGCCAGGACACUGGGGGAAGCCUCACCUUGGGGUUAGGCCUUUUCCCUGAUCAGAGGCCUCAUAAAUGUGAUACAUGUGAGCAAAGUUUUGAGCAGAGAUCAUAUCUUAACAACCAUAAGCGUGUGCAUAGGUCAAAAAAACCAAAUACCAUUCAUAAUUCUGGGGAGUUCUUCAAGGCAAACUUAGUUGUUAAGGAAGAUCAGAAAAUUCUUACUGGGAAAAGAUUGCAUUAUUGUGGCCACUGUGGGAAGACAUUCAGGUAUAGUGCCAACCUUAUCAAACACCAGCGGCUUCACAGUGAAGAAAAGCCCUACAAGUGUAGUGAGUGUGGGAAAGCCUUCAGCCAGAGCUGUGAGUUCAUCAACCACCGAAGGAUGCAUUCUGGUGAGAUUCCCUAUCGGUGUGGGGAGUGUGGGAAGACAUUCAAUCAGAGGCCCAACCUCAUGAAGCAUCAAAGGAUUCACACUGGAGAGAAGCCGUAUAAGUGCGCUGAGUGUGGUAAACACUUCAGUGCCUACUCUUCUCUCAUUUAUCACCAGAGAAUACACACUGGAGAGAAACCCUACAAAUGUAAUGACUGUGGAAAAGCCUUCAGUGAUGGUUCUAUCCUUAUUCGACAUCGACGGACUCAUACUGGAGAGAAGCCAUUUGAGUGUAAAGAAUGUGGCAAAGGCUUUACCCAGAGUUCCAACCUUAUCCAACAUCAGAGAAUUCACACUGGAGAAAAACCCUACAAAUGUAAUGAGUGUGAGAAAGCCUUCAUCCAGAAAACCAAACUUGUUGAACAUCAGAGAAGCCACACUGGAGAGAAGCCCUAUGAGUGUCAUGACUGUGGCAAAGUCUUCAGCCAAAGUACACACCUCAUCCAGCACCAGCGGAUCCACACAGGAGAGAAGCCCUACAAGUGCAGUGAGUGUGGGAAGGCUUUCCACAACAGCUCUAGGCUCAUUCACCACCAGCGCUCACACCAUGGAGAGAAGCCCUACAAGUGUAGUGAUUGCAAGAAAGCCUUCAGCCAAAGCACUUACCUAGUUCAACACCGGAGAAUCCAUACAGGAGAAAAGCCCUACAAGUGCAGUGAAUGUGGGAAGGCCUUCCGGCACAGUUCCAACAUGUGUCAGCACCAGAGGAUCCAUCUGCGGAAAGGCUUCUCCCCGUGAUAGUGGAGAAGCAUCCGUGAGGGCAGAGUCCUGGUGUGCAUGUCCUCUGGUACCCUCCUGACUGUUCACCCUAUUUCCGCAUGGUGAAGUCGUAUUUCUGUCUAAUUAAAGAAACCUCUUUUCUUAAAUCAAA